AUGGAGCUAUCAAAGCCGCAAGCAAUGGCUGCCGGUCAAUGUCUGUUACUCCUCUGCAUGGCCGCCAGCGUCGUGCUCCAAGCUCGCGCCCAGCCUGACAGCAAAGGAUUCAUAACCGUAGACUGCGGCUUCACGGGCGAGACUGGAUACGCGGGCGUGGGAGACACCACCGUCCUCCCGGACAACGGCGAGUUCACCGACAACGUCGGCACCAGCCACAACAUCUCGGCCGAGUACGUGACACAGUCCAUGGCUAAGAGCUGGUACAACGUGCGCAGCUUCGCCGCCGGUGUGCGGAACUGUUACACGCUCCGGUCUCUCGUUUCCGGGCUCAAGUACAUCGUUCGGGCCAGGUUCAAGUACGGCAACUACGACGGCCUCGACCUCCACCCGGUGUUCGACCUCUACAUCGGCGUCAACUACUGGCACACCGUGAACAUCUCGCGUCCGGAGGAGGUGUUGAUCGUGGAGGCCACCGUGGUGGUGCCGGACGACUUCUUGCAGGUGUGCCUGGUGAACACCGGCGCUGGCACACCGUUCAUCUCUGGCCUUGACCUGAGGCCGCUGAAGAAGACGCUCUACCCGCAGGUGACCGCGGCGCAGGGGCUCACCCUGGUGGACAGAAUCAACUUCGGACCAACAAACGAAAGUUUGGUCGUCAGGUAUCCCGAUGAUCCACACGACCGGAUAUGGUUCACCUGGGUCGACACCGUGACUUGGGCCGAGAUAUCGACGACACAGACAGUGCAGACCCUCCCCGUCGAGGAUUUAUACCAGGCGCCGUCGGCGGUGUUGCAGACGGCGAUCACUCCGCGGAACGUCUCUGGGAACAUACUGCUCACAUGGUCCUCCAAGCCCACCCCUAUGGACCCGUCACCGGGGUACAUCUUCAUCCUGCACUUCGCCGAACUGCAGGCCCUCCCCGCCAAGGCUGUGCGCGAGCUGAGAGUCAACGUCAACGACAAGCCGUGGUUCAAUUUCGACUACACGUUCGCGCCGGUUUACUCCUAUGACCUCCCCUUCUACAGGAGUCAACCCUUCCAGUACAGCAGCUACAACCUCUCCAUCGAGGCCACCAGUAACGCGACGCUGCCACCCUUCAUCAACGCUGCCGAGGUCUUCACCGUAUUUCCCACCACAAACCUUGGCACGGAAUCUCAGGACGUAUCUGCAAUCAUGGCGAUCAAGGCGAAGUAUCAGGUGAAGAAGAACUGGAUGGGUGAUCCUUGCGCUCCGAAGACCAUGGCGUGGGAUAGGUUGACCUGCAGCUAUGGCGCCGUUGGCAGUCAUCCGAGGAUCACUAACCUAAGCCUGUCUUCCAGUGGUCUGAAUGGUGAUAUAUCGUCUUCUUUCACGAACCUCACGGCAGUCCAGUACUUAGACCUAUCAAACAAUAACUUUACCGGCUCAAUUCCAGAUGCCCUUUCACGAUUGCCUUUAUUGAUAGUUUUAGAUUUAUCAGGUAACCAGCUCAAUGGAUCAAUCCCCUCGGGACUUCUCAAAAGAAUUCAAGAUGGUUCACUGGAUCUAAGAUAUGGCAACAAUCCAAACCUCUGCACCGGUGGCAAUUCGUGCCAACUGCAUGCAAAAAAGAACAGCAAGCUGGCACUUUACAUUGCUGUCCCUGCAGUUUUGCUCGUGGUGAUAGUAUCAGUGACAAUACUACUUAUUUGCUUGCUAAAACCAAAGAAACAAGGUUCAAUGCAUAACUCCAUAACACCACCCAAUGAGAUGAGCCACGUCAACAGAGACAGUUCGCUGCAACGUCUUGAGAGCCGCCACUUCACAUACAAAGAGCUUGAGAAGAUGACAGACAACUUCCAGCGAGUGCUCGGCCGCGGAGGGUUUGGGUACGUCUACGACGGCUCUCUGGAGGACGGCACCCAGGUUGCAGUGAAGUUGCGAUCACAUACAUCCAAUCAAGGAGUCAAGGAGUUCCUCGCAGAGGCUCAGAUUUUGACCCGGAUUCAUCACACAAAUCUUGUCUCCAUGAUUGGUUACUGCAAGGAUGGGGAGUACAUGGCCCUUGUCUAUGAAUAUAUGUCAGAAGGAACCUUGCAAGAGCAUAUUGAUGGAAGCAACCGCAGCGGAGAAUGUCUUCCCUGGACACAUAGACUCCGAAUCUCCCUUGAAUCUGCACAAGGGCUGGAGUAUCUACAUAAGGGUUGCAAUCCGCCCCUCAUCCAUAGGGACGUGAAGGCCACUAACAUCCUGUUGAAUGCGAAGUUGGAGGCUAGGAUUGCUGACUUCGGCUUGUCCAAGGCCUUCAAUAGCAAUGACACACACGUGUUUACAAACACAGUCGUCGGCACACCUGGAUACGUCAACCCUGAAUACCAGACCACAAUGCAGCUGACAACCAAGAGUGAUGUGUAUAGCUUCGGAGUCGUGUUGCUGGAGCUGGUCACCGGAAAGCCGGCCAUACUGCGUGAUCCAGUGCCCAUCAACAUCAUCAAGUGGGUGCGACAGCGGCUGGCACAGGGAAACAUUGAGGCCGUGGUGGAUGCACGCAUGCGCGGUCACUAUGAUGUAAACACUGUGUGGAAGGUUGCAGACAUCGCCCUCAAGUGCACAGCACAGUCCUCCGUGCAACGUCCCAGUAUGACUGAUGUGGUGGCACAGUUGCGGGAAUGCAUCGAUUUAGAGAAUGAACGUUCUAGAGAUGAGUCAAACAAUGGCUUCUAUACCAGUAGAAGCGGGAAUGACCGAAACAUUAGUUAUGAUUCGUACCCCACUGAUGGGUCCACUAAUGUGAGCCAGAACAGCACUUCCUCUGAGAUGGAGCAAAGUCUUAUGAGGACGCCAACAAUGCCCACCGGUCCAGCUGCACGUUGA